AUCAGUGUUUGUAUCGGACGGUGAUAUUUUGAAACAGACAGACCACAUCAAAAUGAGAGUAUACACCAUUGUCUUUGCUUUGUUGGUGGCCUUCGUGGCGAGUAUGGCGGCUGAGAAUGGCCCUCUGAUGGCUGCCCUUCAGCCAGUGCCUGUGGACGAUACUGAAGUCAUGGUUGUCCAGCCACAAGGUGUACGGGAGAAGAGGAGUGCACUUCUUGGUGCUGGUCUCAUCGGCGCUGGUACUCUGGGUCUUGGGGCUGCUGGUCUGGUUGGUGCCGGUCUGGUUGGAGCUAAGGCUGGUUUCGUUGGUGGCGCUCUAGCUGGUGGUCUGCUGUCCCACGGCAGGAGCUACGGUGGUGGCUACGGCGGCUACGGAGGUUACUACAGCGGCGGCUACGGCGGACACUACGGCGGUUACGGAGGCUACGGCUACGGUGGACACGGACGUGUCUACAGGAAAGUAUACCUCGUAGAAGAACCCUGGUGCUGAGCCAGACGACUGACUGCUAUGCAAUACCUGAUUAUUUAAGUGUACGUGAUUGUGAAUGGAGUGUAUUAGUACAAAUUAAU